AUGGCAGCUCAAGACGAAUUGGCUCUCAAUGCUUCACAGAACGUGAACAUUACCAACUCUCCAUCAACCUCAUUCCAAACCCCGCCGUCUAGUCAUGGAGCGUCUGCCUUAACAGCCCGCACGAUUAUCCCUCUGGCCAACGCAAAACACUUGAAACCAUUUGCCACAGAAGACAUCAAGGUUUUGCUUUUGGAAAAUGUCAAUCAGACUGGGCGAGACAUUCUUACGAAGCAAGGAUAUCAAGUAGAAGCUCUCAAGUCAUCGCUUCCGGAGGAUCAACUCAUUGAGAAAAUUCGCGAUGUACAUGUAAUCGGCAUUCGGUCAAAGACGAAGCUCACGGCUCGUGUGCUAAAGGAAGCCCGUAAUCUCAUUGUUGUGGGAUGCUUUUGUAUUGGUACAAAUCAGGUCGACCUUCAGUAUGCAGCGGAACAUGGUAUUGCUGUUUUCAAUUCUCCGUUCAGCAAUUCUCGCAGCGUUGCAGAAUUGGUCAUAGCGGAGAUAAUUGCUCUCGCUCGACAGCUUGGCGAUCGUUCCAAUGAGAUGCACAGUGGUACUUGGAAUAAAGUCAGUAACAAAUGCUGGGAAAUCCGGGGGAAAACUCUAGGAAUAAUUGGCUACGGUCACAUCGGCGCCCAGUUAUCAGUCCUGGCAGAGGCAAUGGGCAUGUCUGUUGUCUUCUACGAUGUUGUGAACUUGAUGGCAUUGGGUACAGCUCGCCAGGUGCCGACUUUGGAUGCUCUUCUCGCCGAGUCAGACUUUGUGACGUGCCAUGUACCUGAGCUUCCUGAGACGAAGAACAUGAUUGGGUCGCAACAAUUUGAGCAGAUGAAGAAUGGGAGCUAUCUCAUCAAUGCCAGCCGGGGUACUGUUGUUGAUAUUCCCGCAUUGAUUCACGCCAUGCGUUCUGGAAAAGUCGCCGGUGCUGCCCUUGACGUAUAUCCAAACGAACCUGCUGGAAAUGGUGAUUAUUUCAACGAUGAGCUCAAUACCUGGGGAGCAGACCUACGGGCCCUUAGGAAUUUGAUCUUGACCCCUCAUAUUGGAGGAAGCACCGAGGAAGCACAAAGUGCGAUCGGUAUCGAAGUUGGACAGGCUUUGGUACGAUAUGUCAACGAGGGAACAACUUUGGGCGCUGUCAAUGUACCUGAAGUGGCUCUCCGAUCGCUCACCAUGGAUGAGCCUAACCAUGCCCGAGUGAUCUACAUUCAUCACAACAUUCCAGGAGUUCUGCGAAAAGUGAACGAAAUCCUUGGCGACCAUAAUGUUGAUAAACAAAUGACUGACAGCAGAGGUGAUGUGGCCUAUCUAAUGGCCGAUAUAAGUAGCGUCGACGCCACCACAAUCAAGGAUCUUUAUGAGCGACUUGAAGGCCUCUCAUCUCGAAUCAUGACGAGAGUCUUGUAUUGA